UUGUUAGGGCAAUUAUAGUAGUGGUAGUAAUAGUUUAUAGUGGGGUAGGCCCUUAGGUCAGUGAAUAUGGAGGAGUUCCUGGGUAUAGACUACGUGCAGGUGUCUUCUGAGAACUUUGAGGAGUACCUCGCGUUUAUUGGCGUGGGCUACAUCGCACGUAAGGCUGCGUCCACACUGAGCCCCGUCAACAGUCUGACGAAGAACGAGGAUGGCUCCUACACCUUCAGCUUCAAGUCCAGGCUGGUGAACGCUGAUAUAACUUUCAGACUGGAUGAGGAGUUUGAGGAGAGGAAACCUGAUGGUACUUUGGUAACAUCUGUGGUACACUUUGAGGACAACAAGAUGAUACACUACCAGACGGACGCGAAGGGACAAACUUCCAAACACGUCCGAGAGUUUUAUCCUGAUAAAAUGAUUGUGACGACCACCGUUGCGGGAUUCGACAAAACCGCGACGAGGCAGUUCCAGUUGGCUCAGUAAAUAUUGCCGAUACGAGGAUCUAUUUCUUUGUGCCAAAUUGCUGUUUGUAUUGCGUACGAGAGGUUUGUAAUUGCUUAAAAAAGUAUACAGGAUGUAACAAAACUAAGUGAUAAUACUUUGGGGUGUGUAUGGUAAAUAAAGAUUUCGCUGUAAAAGUGCAGCGCUGAAAGAGUAACUAUUUUUUUCACCUUUGUAUGGGGGAAACUCAAGACGCUGGGGAGUUCACCCAUACAAAACUGAAAAAAAAUUUUGGUCUUUCAGCGCUGCUACUUUCAUA